CGGGGUUUAGGCAGCGGCGCGCCGAGCUAGGGCUCCGACCGGAGCGCUGCUGUGGAGUCGAGACCGCGCGGCGGUUGAGCGGCGGGCAGCGCCGGUGGGCGGGCAAGGAGCUCGGCGGAGGUCCAAGGUGAAGUCUGCUCCAUUUUGGCUCAUUGAGUCAUGUUAAGGAGGACUGCAUGCUUCAGCCGUUGUUCAAUCAGCCAUUACUGAGCGCCUCUUCUGCGCCAGGUUUCACGGGGCUGGACUGAAGCAUGAGGCCCCGGUAGCACGUCGUGGGGCAGGAGUGCGCGCCCGCACAUGGUUUGGCCCUGCAGUGACUGCAGCAGCUGGGGUCGCCAUCAUGGUGAAGCUGUUGGUGGCCAAAAUCCUUUGCAUGGUGGUUGUGUUCUUCUUCAUGCUGCUGGGCUCCCUGCUCCCCGUGAAGAUAAUCGAGACAGAUUUUGAGAAGGUCCACCGCUCGAAAAAGAUCCUCUCUCUCUGCAACACCUUUGGAGGUGGGGUCUUUCUGGCCACCUGCUUCAAUGCUUUACUGCCGGCCGUGAGAGAAAAGCUACAGAAAGUUCUGAGUCUCGGACACAUCAGCACAGACUACCCGCUGGCGGAGACCAUUGUCAUGCUGGGCUUCUUCAUGACCGUCUUCCUGGAGCAGCUCAUCCUGACCUUCCGCAAGGAGAAGCCGUCCUUCAUCGACCUAGAGACCUUCAACGCAGGCUCAGACGCUGGCAGCGACUCAGAGUACGAGAGCCCCUUCAUGGGGGCCGCGCGGGGCCACGCGCUCUAUGUGGAGCCCCACACCCACAGCCACGGGCUGAGCGUCCAGGAGCUGUCGCGCUCCAGCCCCCUGCGUCUCCUCAGCCUGGUCUUUGCACUGUCGGCCCACUCCGUCUUCGAGGGCCUGGCCCUGGGCCUGCAGGAGGAGGGGGAGAAGGUUGUGAGCCUGUUCGUGGGCGUGGCCAUCCACGAGACGCUGGUGGCCGUGGCCCUGGGCAUCAGCAUGGCCCGGAGUUCCAUGGCUCUGAGGGACUCGGCCAAGCUGGCCGUCACCGUGAGCGCCAUGAUCCCCCUGGGCAUCAGCCUCGGCCUGGGCAUCGAGAGUGCCCAGGGCGUGCCCAGCAGCGUGGCCUCAGUGCUACUGCAGGGCCUGGCGGGUGGCACUUUCCUGUUCGUCACCUUCUUCGAGAUCCUGGGGAAGGAGCUGGAGGAGAAGAAUGAUCGCCUGCUCAAAGUUCUCUUCUUGGUGCUGGGCUACGCCGUGCUGGCCGGCAUGGUCCUCCUCAAGUGGUGAACGUCCUGUGGCCGUCCUCGUGGUGGUCGUCCCGCCCCGCCCUGCCGGAGCCCUCGGGGAGCCCCAGGCCUCCAUGGUGCACAGAGGGACCGCCCGGAACCAGGCCACACCCCAGAUCUUGUACCCCAAGCCUCGGGGCACCGCUACUACUUGUAAAAAUACUUAAAGAUAUUUACCAAAGCUAUCUGGCCAUGUCACCCUCGGCACUCACAUGGGAGGCAGCGCUGGGCAUCUGCAUGGAUGGGGUCAGGCGAGAACCUCCUCUCCUUGCAGACCCCAAAAGUGAAACAGGACAGGAGCUGUUGGAGGCUCCCAGGCCUCUGUCCUCUGCCCCCAGCUGGCUCUGUUGCUAACAGAAGAGGCCACCAGCAGGAAGUAUCUGUUCCUCAUUCAGACAAUUCGACGGGUCUGGUCGGUGCUGUGACUCCUGUCACCUGAGGCUGUGCCUCCAAGCAGACGGGCGGGGUCCCAGGGUCCUCAGGACCGCCCUCUCCUUCCCUGCCUUCUUGUGCUGCCUCCUCCAUGGGGAGAUAGACCUCUAGGGGGCCGGGGCUGCUGGGCCAGGCUGAACAUGUGGGUUCCCCAAGGGAACAGAAACCCAUGGACUGAGACACGCAGGCAGUGCCAGGGGGCAGCUUGGCCAUUGGUUCGCAGCCCCGUGUGCACCCAGGGUCUCUGGAGCAAGAUGGACCAGGCUGUGGGGCAGAGGCCACCUGACAUGAUUUCCCCCACCAGACAAACGAAGCCAGUACCAGACAGUGUAGGAGAGCAGAGACUAACAGCCAAGUGUCAGGCUGCUACAAACCCUUGGUGCCAUGGCAACCUCUCAUUAGCCUGGACUGUCGUCCUGGCAACCUGGGGCAUGCCUGGGGAGUGGGCGUCUCAGUGAGCCUUUCCUGGGGGAUUUGCUAGGCCUGACUCGGAGGCGAGGCUGGAGGGAGCCUGAGCCUGGCAUCCUGGGCUGGGUUCCCACAGCCUCAGCUUCUCCCUGCUCUGUCCUGGGCUGCUCGACCCGCUCGCUACUCAUGCCGUUCCUGACACGUCAGCUCGGCUGCGGGGCCCAGGGCCCAGGUGUGCGCCUUUCUGGAGUCCCGAGUUUCCUUCCUGCACCUGCCAGUGCCAGGAAUGGCUGCAACAGGGCCAUUUAGGCUUCCUGACAAGGACAGGCCCCUCGCCCCUGGCCCUGAGCUCGGCAGGGCCUCCAGUUGUCACUGUAACCAGCUUGGGAGCUCCAGGAGCAGUUAGCUGCUUGUCUGAGCGUGGGUCCCCGGGGCUGGCCUACUGCUGCCCCCUUCGUCAGCCAGCCCGAGGUGCAAGAAGGCACGACUUUCACGUGGCCCCAGCCUCCUUCGCUGAUGUUACAUGAGUCUGGGGGCCUCCACUGUGUCGGCCCCCCGCCCCCGGCACUGUGGGAAGUAUUGGACCCAUUGUAGAAACACCUGUCUGAACCUGUUCCCAGGAACCCAUUUCUGAAUCCCGCAUGGCCUGGCCUUGACCCUGAGCCAGGAAAUGACCCCACGGGUGUGGGAACAUCAACCUCCAAGUGCUAAAUCUGGUGCUGCGACCUCCUCCUGGCCCCACUUCACUCCUCUAGGAAUGAUGGUUGGCCUUUGGCCUGGGUGGGCAGGUCACUGUGGAGCCACCAGAUUCGACUCUGCCUUCAGUUUGGAGGACGGGGCUGGGCAGGGUAUGGGGUGGAGGCAUCAGGGCCUUCCAUACAGGGAAGCUCAGGGGCCCCUGUCCCCCCAAAUCCAGUAGGAACCCCAUGUGGGGACAGCAGUCUGCUUCAGGGGUCCCCAGCUCUGUACCCCUUACCUCCAUCACCAAAAGCGCACAGCAGGAUGCCAUCCAUCGGCUCCUGGUGUGGCCUUGGGGACACCACCGCCUAUCCCUCCACCAGUUCUCACACCCCCUGCCCGUCCUCCCAUUGAAGCCUCCAACCCCCUCUGAGCUCGCUUCCAGACCGACAGGCGCAGAAAGGGUACCAGCACUCCAGUGAAGAGGGAGAGACCCUAGUGCCCCUCUGUCCGUCUCAGACGUCACCACCCCGGGGCCCAGCAUCCUUGGGUCCCUGGCAUGCUGCUGCCUGCCCUGUCUCUGCUGAGCUGGGGCUUCUCCCAGCUGCCCCUUUCUCCCUAGGAUCCAACUAGCCCCAGCAAAUCUGCUUCUAGGCCCCCCAGGCACACAGAUCCUGAGAGGUUUGGGAGGUGGUAUUGUAGGAGGACACAGACUGGCCCCCCAAGGCCAUCCCUCCUGUCUGCUGUGGUUGGAGGAGCAGGGACAGCUCUGGGAUCUGCUUCCAGGAAUCACCCCGUGUUGGCGGUCCACAAGUGUCUCCUGGCCGGUUUGGGUCAGCUUUCCCCAGUUUGGCCAAGGAUCAGAAUGUCUCCAUAUUAGGGUAAGAAGAGUGAUUGUCCCAUCUGACAGAGGCUGGAGAAGCAACGCUCACUCCUGAGGUCCCCCAGCCAAUGGUGGCCAAAUGCUGCCAGACCAGGGCCUUCUGAGGCCAGGUCACAGGCUCCACCGCCCACUGAUUCUGACAAGGGAGCACUACCUCGUGGUGACAAGAGCUUUGUCUUGAAUAAGACUAUGGGUUGGUCUCCACCUGGGGCAGUGGACCAGCCCCCACCACAAAACCAGAUGUCAGCCACAAAAGCCUUCAUCCAUCUCAACAUCAAGGAAAUGUCCCAUGGCCAGUGGAAGCAGAGAUUCCUCCUUCUCAAGGGUCUUUGCAAACUGGGUUUUCAAUCCAGGUGAUUCUGCCCCUAGGGGACACUAGGUGACUUCUGGGGACAUCUGUUGUCAGGACUGGGGGUGCUUUUGGGAUGGAAUGGGUGGGGCUAGGGAUUCUGCUCAGCCCCCUACAGUGACCAGGAUGGCCCCCUAGAGAGUACCUAGCCUGCCCCUCCGCCCUCUGCCCCCCAAGACCUGCCCCAUGUGGGGACUCACGGCACAAGCCACAGCUGGAUGGAGUCGACUGGGUUCUCUCCGAUCUGCAGACAAAAGAGAAAAUUAGAAGGCUGCACCAGGCCUUGAGGAUUGAAUCAACCAUAAUAACAGCGUGUUGGGGCCUCUGUUGUCUGCUGUUUGCGUUUCUUGUGGAGAAGUUAUUAGCAGGGCGGGAAGGGGGGUGGGCGCAGUUCUGGGCCUGGCUGCAUCUGCAGGCCGGAAAAGCAGGUGAGGUUUAGGAUGGUGUCUCCCAGGACCUUCAGCCCCACCAGGAAGAGAGGGGCGUGCAUCCUCCCUGUGCCAACCUGUGCCCGCCCUGAGCUGGCUGCCAGCUUCAUGACAGAGCCAGUGACAAACCCAUCUCACCUUCCCAGAGCCGCUUGCAGGAGGGAAGGAGGUGGACAGCAGACGGUGGCCGCUGCAGGGCAUGUGGGUGGUUUUGUGAGGACCCCAGAACUCUUCUGGCUGUUGGGGUGCUGAGGUCAGACUGGGCUGGGUCGGGGUCCCUGCCACCGUCCAGCCCUCUGCAGCUCCCAGAGCAGGAACGGCUGCACUUUUCUGGCCGAGGGCCGAAGUGAUUACUGCAUGCUCAGCCUGGCAGGGGAAGACCAGUCGGGCAGGUGGGCGGUCCAGAGCCCCUGAUUUUUGGGUGCAGGGUAGGCAUGGCUGAGGAACUGCAUUUGGCCACCAUAGUUGGCUGCCUGGGUGCCCUCUGAGCUAGUUCAGGUCCAGCCACUCAAGCCCUACAAUCUGGGACCCUAUAGCAAGGUCUCCCCCUGGACACUAUGGACAUGGAGGCCAGGUCAUUCUCUAUGGGGGGCUAUCUGGAUACUAGGGGUGUUGAGCAGCUUCCCUGGCCCCCACCCAUUCGAUGCAGGAGCACCCCCAGUCAUAAUAACCACAGAUGUCCCCAGACAUGGCUCUGGGUGAGAUCCAUUGCCCUAGAAUGGAAGGCAGCUCACAUUCUAGGGAAGGGGACAGAUGAUAUAUUAACAUGUGACCAAUAUCAGGGAGCAAUAAAAGCCCUGAAGACAAAAAAGCAAAGUGACAGGAGGCAGGGACAAUUUUAGCUGCGUGGUCAGGGAAGAAAUCUCUGAAGGCCAUGUGUGAGUAACAAGAAGAUGGGGGAGAAUUCCAGCAGGGGGAGUAGCCUGUGCAAAGGCCCUGAGGUCUUUCUGCACGUCACGGUCCUUUUUUCUGAUUGACCAAAGCAGUCCUGGCUCUCUGUAAAAAGACCUGAGCGUUCUAGGGACUCAUCCUGCCAGUGACGAAUGCUUCGGUCACCCCACUCGUUAGAGUGGUGACAAUAACACAACCUGUGUGCUGAGGGGUAAUGCAGGCUGCCUCCAGGGGCCAGGCGGGUAGCUUUGGUGAGAACCCAGCGUCUUCCACCCUGGGUUGGGGUCCAGCUCCUGCAGAUGCUGACCUACAGAACUCAGGCUCAUAGAUGCUAGCCCGUUCGUUUUUUCCAGGCAAACUGAGUUUUGACAAAUGAUCUCCUUAUUUUAAAAUGAUGACACUAAACUUAAACAAAAAAACCUUGGUGGGCCAAACUGCAUCUGUGAGAGGCCCUCGUCGUGGGGCCCAGCCUCUACUUUGACUGCAUAAUUGCAUUAAUCUGGGAGCACAGAAAGCAGAGAAUUCGACCCAGCUGCCUACCUCCCACCAGGCAGCUGCAACUGGGCCGGAUUUGGGGCAGGAUAAGCGAGGCCGGUGUAGCCCCCUCCCAGAACACCAAGGCAGGGA